UCAUCAUCAGCAGUGGCUCUACUCAAGCUAGAUACAGGAGUCGGCACGCCAUGUGUGGAAAACAUUAAACGUGUGAAGGUAGGUGUUAACAUGAGAGGACCGCUGGGUUCAUACUGCAGACGCUUUGGCCGCUUAACAAGGAGUGGUGGACUAAAGUGGCCUGAGCGACCUUGUGGUGGCCCUGCAGUGCACACAUGCCGAGCCCCGGCCCUGCCUCCGGCCAGCAUCACAGUCCUGGAGGCCGUGGCUUUGUGGAGGAAGCACUUCGAGGAAAGAGGUGUGACCGAGCCGGAGCACUCCAGUCACAGCAUCAUGGCUCAUCUGCUCGGGGCUAAAACUAUAGAAAGUCUUGAGCGUGAGAAGUUAACCCAGUUCUUGAGCCGUGAAACAGCAGAGCAGCUGUGGGAGCUCUGUACCAAACGCCUCUCCAGAAUGCCUGUGCAGUAUGUGAUUGAGGAGUGGGACUUCAGAGACCUGACACUCAAGAUGAGACCUCCUGUGUUCAUACCCAGACCUGAAACAGAGGAGUUGGUUGAACUCGUGCUUACAGAUCUGCAGAUGAAACCUGGGAGUGGCAUGGGCGCAGAGGCUCAGUGUACAUGCUUGGAAGUGGGAUGUGGCUCUGGUGCCAUUUCUCUUAGUCUGCUCAAGAGCCUUCCAUGGCUCAGAACAGUUGCCUUGGAUCAAAGCCAGGACGCUGUCGAUCUAACAAGAGAAAAUGCAUUUAGUUUAGGGCUUCAGGACAGACUACAUAUUCACCAUAUAGAUGUUCUAAAAGAUGCUGACUCUGUUGUGAGCCUGUGCAGCCCCGUCUCAGUUUUGGUCAGUAACCCUCCGUACCUGUUCUCAGAGGACAUGACAUCGCUGGAUCCUGAGAUUCUUUGGUUUGAAGACCACGUUGCAUUAGAUGGAGGCGAGGAUGGCCUGAGAGUGAUCAAACAGAUUUUGACUCUGGCUCCGCAGAUUCUAGCAAACCAUGGUCGUGUUUACUUGGAAGUGGACCCCAGACACCCGCCGCUCAUCCAGCAGUGGGUGGAGGCGCGUGUGGAAGAGCUACGUUAUAUACAGACGCAGCACGACAUCACAGGCAGGCCACGAUUCUGCAUCCUUCAGAAAGAGAAGUAAAAUAGCGAACACGAGAAGGAUCUGGAUUGAGAAACUGUGAGAUCCUAUUACACUGGCUUUAGGCCAGGUGGUCACAGCCUCUGCGCACCCACCCCCAUCAAGCCGCCAAGGACAUGUACACGCUCAUUUGACAAUCCAGAAUUCAUUGUUCACAGAAGCUUACAUCAUAUUCAUGCUGCUGGUGGAUUUGGGUCCCGCAGCGUUUGUGAUUAUGUGUUGUUUCAUUGUAAAAAAUGUGUGAGAGAUAUCAAAAAAGCGGGCUCAAGGCUGAAGGUAAUUACUGAGGCUUUUCUUAGAACCCGCCCUCUCAGAAUCUCACCCUCCCAGAAAGCAUUCAGCAGUUCUACGAAUCCGCUGAUGAAUGGUCCUCCCCUUCGCUUGUCCACUCACUGACUCAGAUGCAGGCUGUACACAUUGUUUAGCAAAAACACACACAAUUUGGCCCUCACUUUCUUGCAGUCCACCUCUCACAUACUUAGAGCUCAAAGGCCACAUAUUCUUUGAGUUUUAAAGGCGAGUGCAGGCACAUGUAUUCCGUAGCAAGUGUCACAAGAACAGUAAUCAUGAUGUCUUUAAUUACAAUAAUAAUAAUAAUGCUGAUAGUAAUUCUCAUAACCUUGUGACUAAAUGUGGCAUUUUAACCACUACAAGACAAAGACAGGCAUUAUACUGCAGUAAGUUCUUUUAAUAGAAAAAUGUACAGAUUUAAAAGGUAGAAAAAAGUCAGGUGCUUACUGUGACAAAAAUAAAAUGGUGAAAAUACAUCCAA